AUGCGGGUGGAUGACAAGCGGCUCAUCUCCGCGCUUCUCGCGGCUCAUAAAGGCAUCAAGCUUGACUACAGCAUGAUCGCCAAGAUGUAUGGGGAGGGCGCAAACUACAACACAAUGGAGCACAAGUUCCGUGUUUAUCGCAAGGAGGCCGAGGUCCUCUAUGCCGAUGCCAGUCAGCGACUUGGUACGGAUGCAGGCCCCUCGGCUGAGACCAGCCCUGAGAAAGCUUCUGGCGCUCAACUCACUGCCCAGAAAACUGGCAAAUGUGCCAAGGCAGCUAAAUCCCCACGUGGAAAAGCAGCCAAGGGAUCUACCAAGAAGAAAGCUCUGAGAAGUCCCCAGGACAGCGAUGAGGAGUCCCAGCCCCAGCGCAAAAAAGCCAAAGCCAAUUCCAAGAAGAACCAGAAGUUGGUGGACGUGGAGAAAGCCGGCGCAAAUGAUGAUUCUGACGCUGAAGCUAUGCUGGAUGCUCUGAUGCAGUCAUCUGGUGUCUACUCCGAGCUCGGGUUGGACAUGGAGGAUGUUUAA